GCACGUGUGCAUAAAAAAGCGACACUCUUGUGAGCUCGAAGGGGAAGGGGGCAAAAUAGUUCCACGUUCGCCAAGCAGCUCAGCCGCUAAUCAGUCCAACCGCUAAUCAGUCCAACCGCUAACCAGCUGAACCGUCUAAUUGUUUGUUUCUUUUUUUUCGUGUGGCAAGUCAACUGCCCCGUCUGACUUCCAAACAUUGGGUCGUUCCUUCCGCCACUUUCCCGAAAUGAAUCUCCUUACCCUUUUGAGUUGCCUCUUCUGCCUAGGCGUGCAAAAAUACUCACAUGCGUACGCCCCGUUCAGCGGCCAAAGAGUCCCCUUUACGUUUUCGGGGGACGUCAGUUUGGGUGACCCAAAAGGGGGGGGGAACACAGGCAACAUAGGAAAUAUAGGCAACAUAGGGAGCCAACCGCCAAGUGGAAAAGACAAAGGGGAUCAUCUUCAAAAUUAUGAAUCUCACACGAAGGAGGAAAACAACAGGGAGGACCUCUCCAACGAAAGUGUAAUAGAAUCAGUGCACAAAGCGAAUGAAGCAGUUAAGAAGGAAUACAGCUUGGAGAACUUGCCAACAUCCGGACUGAGUCAAGAGGAUGAAGAAGAGGCGAGAGAAGACAGCGAGUUUUUGUCCGACGAUUUGGAGGAAGCGGCUCAGAAUUUUGCGGCCGCCCAGGAUAAGGGGGACGGCGAAACUGAGGAGGAAGAAACAAAUGUGAGGAAGUACCAAGCGGAGGUCAUCAACGCCAUGAGCCAGGACACGCUCUACAAAAAGUUUGAUGCGGGAGAGUUGGAAAAAGUUGAGCAGGCGAUGGAGGACUCUGAGGAAGCUUGUCUGGAAGAUUUUUCGCUUCCCUGCCCGCUUCACUUCUUCCGAACGAGUUCCGGAUGCGUCCCCUUGAGUUCGUAUGAAGGGCCAUGCCGCAAGGUGCAAGACAAGCUGGCUCACUUGUAUGACCACCAGAAGGAGAGUUGGGGCGAAAUUUGUGACGCCACCUGGCCCUGCCUGCCCAAGACGUGUCCCUAUGGGGUGGACUACGAUGCGCCCUGCCCCAUAAGCUGGACCGACCAGGGAAAGGGAACCUGCGCAAGCGCGAGUGGAAGGGCGAAUGGAAGAGCGAGUACAAAUGGGAAUACAAAUGGGCGGGCAAAUGCAAACGCCCCGUGUGAGAGAAGCAUUAACUUCGCCAACCUGUCCAUCGCGAAGAAGAAACAAAUGGAAGAAGAGUGCGGCGUCAGGUGGAGGUGCAAAUCCGUCACGUUCGAAACGAACUUUGAUGAUGUGUGCCCCCUCAACUGGCAACAAGUUGGCGAACACAGAUGCAAAGCACCGACCGAGUAUGACGGGCCCUGUCCAAAAAUCGCGAAUUUGAAGAAGUACAUCUCUGCGGAGGGGAAAAGAAGCGUCGAAAAUGUCUGCCUCGUCAAUUGGCCCUACACCGUUACGGUAAACCAGUACCAACGGGAUUACUCCGCCCCGUGCCCCAUUGGAUGGUCCCCCAUGGACAAUGGACUAUGCCUGGCCCCAGAAAAUUACCAGAAAAGCGCCAAGUGCAGCGACGAAGUUGCAUUCGCUGCCAUGAGUUCGCAGCAGAAGGACUCCCACUCCACCGCGUGUGAGGUGGAUUUCCCCUUCAAAGAGAGGGGCCACUGCUUGCGCAAUUACUCCUUCGCGUGCCCCCUUGGCUGGGUGCCCUCCAGCAAAAGGGGCUAUUGCAAAGCCCCAGUUAGCUACAAAAGCAAAAUAUGCAAAAGAUACUACAAAUUUGAAAACGUUUCGGACAGCCAGAAAAAUUAUUUCCUAAAAUUUUGUGCCAUCGAUUGGCCCUGCGAAGGGGAGAUCCAGAACUCAGCGAUUUACACGAGACUUCCCGUCGGGCAUUCGACUGAGCGAGCGGAAAAAUGGGCCAGCGGAAUAUUCCUUUUGUAA